GAGAUCGUGCUGCUGGCCAAGGUGUCCACUGGCUUCCCCGGUGUGGUCCAGCUCCUGGAGUGGUUCGAGCUCCCCAACUGCAUCGUGAUGGUGCUGGAGCGGCCAGAGCAGUGUCAGGACCUGCAGCGUUUCAUUCGGGCACGGCGGUUCCUGCCCGAGGAGGUGGCACGGGAGCUGUUCCGCCAGGUGCUGGAGGCCGUGCGGCACUGCACCAGCUGCGGGGUCCUGCACAGGGACAUCAAGCCAGAGAACAUCCUGGUUGACCUGGACACCGGGCAGGCCAAACUGAUUGACUUUGGCUGUGGCACCUACCUGCAGGACACAGUCUACACUCACUUUGCAGGAACACUGUCCUACAGCCCCCCGGAAUGGAAUGACUUUGGCUGGUACCACGGCGAGCCAGCUACCAUCUGGUCCCUGGGCAUCCUGCUGCACCAGAUGGUCUGCGGGGAGCAC